UUCAAUUCUGCCCAUGACGCAUGCGCUCUACCUACUGUGAGUCCAAGCGUCAGUGUGUUUCUCAUUGAAAGUUCAUACAGAUGCAGACCAGAAAUCUUCCUGUGCUUGCGCACUGCCUUCGCUGUAGCGGGCAUAGGACUCUCAGGAGGUAGAGCACAUGCAUCAUGGGCACUUCAGAGAGGCGGUCUUGGACUCUUGGUGGGGACAGUCUUUGGAUCUUGGAGGAGGCAGUCUUGGGCUCUUUCAACAGAUUUUGAUGCCCCGCUGGACAUUUUGGACCUCAUUAGCAUACCAAUCAAAGUUCAUUUUAUGGAGUUCAGAAAUAAGUAUAAAGCUAACAAAGUUUUCAGGAAGCUGUAAAUACUGGGGAGGUGAAACCAAAGCUCCAAUGUCUUAUGUCAAAUCCAGCCUUCUCUAUGGUCACAGUUCAGUGUGAAGACAGCGGAAUACACUGGGAGACCACCUCAAGCCGAUGUUCUACACCAUGGGCCUCAGAAGCCAGCACAACCUCAGAUGUCUACAGCAUGGAAAGUUCAUCUGCUGGAACCCCUCCUGGCAAGGUUAUCUUUAUUAUGGAUGAGGACAAGCUACGGAGAAAGAGAGUCAGACCUUCAACAUCAGCAAAGUUUGCUCGCCAGUCAUCCCAUCAUAAAAAGAGUGCUGAAAAUCACAAAGCAUCUGCAGAUAACAUGGGGGAAUCUUUUAAGCAAGCCCUGGAAAAAGCCAAACUUCAUCUGUCCACCCACACAGAAGAAGCUGGCAGUGCUGAUUGUUCUGCAAAGGAUACUGAAAACCAUACGGGAGAAAAUCCUAAUGUACCAGGAAAGGACUCAAGUUCAGAAAAUAAACCACCAGAUGAGAGGACUUCUGCAGCUGAGCCCUCCAUCAUCUUACCAGACAAGGUAGCAGAAGAACCAACAUGUGCUGUUGCAGAGCCUGAUAAGACCCCCACACCAUCUGGAUUAAACAAUGACUGUAAAGGUUCAGCCAUGUGCCCAACAAAGAGUGUGCCAGAAAAGCAAACGGUGACAGAGACAGUGAAGCAACUUCCCCAGAAAAAUACCAUAAGUACCACAAAACCAAAGGGAUGUGUCCAUCAAUCAUUAGCUAAAAGUAGCACUGAAAUGAUAUCAAGUAAGCAUGAUAUCGACAGCUACCCACCAUAUGUCCUUGAAGAUUUAAGCACUGUUUUAGAAACCAUAAAUAAAUUAUGUAAUCCCCUAAAAGAUGAUUCACAAAAAAACACAAAUGACCCUCCUAACACGCAAUCAAACGUGUUCAGUAUUGUUUCAGAUGGGUCGGAAAUAUUAAACAUCUUGGCCCCGGAUCUUAUAUCUUCUGUAGACCAGGAGGCAAGCAAAGAAUUGGAAGAUAAACUAGAGUACUUGGAGGAAAACCCCUUACUUGUGCCCAAACUGGUCUGUACUGAGGAUGAAUCAUCACCUAUUACCUAUGAGGAAUCUGUCCAACAAGUUAAUGACACAGUAGAAGAAGAGAGUAUAAUUCCUGAAAAUAGACAAACAGAUAAAACUAUUAAUGAUAUAGAUUACUUUGAGAAAUUUACUUUAGUUGACAGCAAUGUACCGAUAGAGCCACUUUAUAAAAGGUUAAAUCAAGAACAGGAAGCAGUUAAAGAAGAACACCUUGGUCCUUCCAAAAGUGAAUCAUCCUCAGAUGAUGACUAUUACCUACUACAAAGUUUAGAUGAAUCAUUUUACGGUGUAUCUUUGGAUAGUGAUACCACCGUCUUACAACCAGAGGCUCAUAAUCCAGAAAAAUCAAUCACGAAAGAAGAUACAGAAAAGAAAGACAAGGACGUAAAGAAGACAAAUGGAGUAACCUUAUUUAGUUCCGAAGAAGGAGUACUGACCAAGUCAUUAUUUUUUCCAACUUCUUACCCAGUGAACCACGAACUCCUAGAAGAACCACCUGCCUUGGCUUUUCUUUAUGCAGAUCUUUAUGAGCAAGCCAGAGGAUGUAAAGCCAAAGAGGAACAUGACCCAUCAGAUGCAGAAAGUACUAGUUCUGACAAGACUUUCCAUAGCAGAAUUUCAGAUGAUGAUGGCACAGGAAUAUAUUUUGAAAAAUUUAAUCUUAAGGAUGAGAUUCCACCGGGAGGUGAGAAAUCAGAUGAAGAUGAAUUUUAUAGUGACGAAGGCAGCGAUGAGGAACAGUAUUUAAGUUAUGAAGCUUUGUCACAAGGGUCACUUGUUGAUAAAGAUACAAACCAGAAAGAAAUAUUUCUUGAAGACAAUAAAUCACCUUCACUUUAUGAUGAUGUAGAUCAUGUGCAAAAGAGAGAGAUUAAAACUUUGCACAAAGGCAAGGUCCAGCUGGAUGAUGAAGCUCAUUUGCUGAAUGAUGCCUGUAAAGAACAACCAACAGAUAAUGUCCCAGUAACAGUGACUACAGAAUGGAAAAAUCUAGGAGAUGAAGAAAAUACAGAGGACUUCGAUUAUGUCAUUGUGUCUCCAGAUGACCUUGAUGAAGAUGAUGUUUCCUUAAAGGAAAUAAUGUUUGAAGAUCAAGAAUCUUUGGAACAUGAGAGUGAUAUGUUUCUGGAUGCUGUACAAGUCACACCUGAACAUGAAGAAUCUGGUUUUGAGAUGGUGGAACAUGAAAAAAAAUCAGAAGACAUAUUAGAACCCCCACUAUCUGAGGACAGAAAGGCUCAGAUUGAUACAUAUUGCAACACAUGUAAAAUUCCAAUUGUUGCUAUUGAUAAGAUCUUUGGUGAUCACAAGAACCAUGAUGUCACUGCAUUAGACACCACAGUGAAUGAAAUGACGAGUAACCUGGAGAAUCUUCUGGAGAAAUUGCAGGAAAGUUCAUUGAAAACAGAAGAUUGUGUUACCAGAGUAGAGAAAUUGUUUAAUGAUGUUGAAAAAAACUGUUCAGAAGCUGAGAAAUCUUUGGUAGAUGACAAUGAAAAACUGGUCCAAAAAGUGAUUGACCAGCACAAACAGAAGAGAGAAUGUUUUGAGGAAGUGAAGAAGAUGAAGAUGGAUUACUUGUAUGAUCAGAUGGUCAGUUUCCAGCAGAGUGUUGAUUCAGCAAAGGAAAUUCUGGAGAAAGCCGCUAAAGAGAUUGAAGAGUUGGAUCCUGUCAUGUUUUUGAAUGCUCAUAAUGAUAUCAAUAGCAGGGUACUUAAAGCAAUCGAGAACACAGUAUCACUGGACAAGAUACCCAGCGCUUUCUCUCUCUUCGAUCAUAUUGCUGCAAAGUCUAAGGACGACCAGAAAACAGUCAAACAUUUGCCAGUCCCUCAGACACCAAAGUUAAAGCCUCAAGAGCAUAACACUGCAACCAGCACUUCCAUUACUGUGUAUUGGACAAUGAGCGAGGAAGACGUUAUUGACUGUUUUCAGGUGUAUUGCAUGGAGGAGCCUCAAGGGAAAGGGGAUGAGAAUGGUCUGCUGGAGGAAUACAGAGUCACAGUGAAGGAAAGUUUCUGCAUCUUGGAGGACCUUGAGGCAGAUAAAUGUUACAGUGUCUGGGUGAUGGCUGUAAAUUACACCGGCUGCAGCCUACCCAGCGACAAGUCAAUAUUCAGGACUGCUCCUUCUACCCCAGUGAUUAAAGCAGAGGAGUGUACAGUCUGCUGGGACACGGCCAUCAUCAGAUGGAGCACAUCACAUCUAGAGUCCACCGAGUCCUUUACACUGGAAUGGUGCAAGCAGUACUCAUCAGAGGGAGAAGGGCUCAGGUCUGUUGCUGGAAUCAAAGAUCAACAGCUGAGGGUCUCCCUACAACCAGGAGAGAACUACUUCUUCUACGUAAAAGCUGCUAACACAUUUGGGUCAAGUGAGCAAAGUGAAGCUGCUCUCAUAUCUACUAAAGGUACCAGAUUUCACUUACUAAGAGAUACCGCUCAUCCAGCCCUGGACUUGUCACUAGAUGGGACUGUGAUUAGUAUCGUCGAGCAGCGGGAGAUUGUGGGUAUUCCUUUAGUUCUUGGGGAGCUGCUGCCGGCUAAAGGACAGCAUUACUGGGAGAUGAUGGUUGCAGAAUGCAGUUCAUAUAGUGUUGGCGCAACAUUUCAUCCUUCUCCAGAAGAAUCUGCCACAACACAGGAUAGUACCUCAUGGUGUAUGCAGUGCUCCAGUUCAUAUACAAGCUUUUCUUACAGAUUCCUCCACAAUGAAAUAUGGAGUGAAGUUCAUUUAACGGAGCCUCCAGUGCGGGUGGGGGUUCUCCUAGACUACAGGAAGGGGAAACUGUCUUUCUACAAUGUCCAGAAGGGACAGUUGCUGUUCACCUUUAGGCACAGGUUUACAGAGGCGGCUCACCCCACAUUUGCCUUGGAGGCCCCAGGAGAGAUUCACCUUCAUACUGGAAUUGAACUGCCUCAUUUUACCAAACAGAGCUAGCACCCAACCCCCAGAGGUGUUCCGAAUUCUGCAAAGCCAUACAUCGUGUUUACUAGCCCCUGCUUGAUAGCAGAGUGACUGUGUGCGGGGAUGUUUGGGAGUAGUACAAAUACUGUUAAUAUUCUGAGUUUUACAAUUCUGGUUUUUAUGCAAUCAUGAUUUCUCAGGGGGUUGUUUGUAUUUUGGAUUGUUAUUUUUUUCAGUUUUAUGUAGGACAAGCCAGACAUUAUCAGUGAUGGUGGUAGGAUCAGGGAGACUAGUGGGUAGGAUUCUAUAGAGAAUUGCGAGUAGUCCAAAAUCAAUAAAGCCUUAGCAAAACUCUUUGAAGUUAUCCUGAGGAGAAGAUCAUUAACACUUAGCAAGGUUAAACUGAACUAGGAGGAAAUUCUGAAGGAACUCAAACUGAUAAACAAACUUUAUGAGAAAAGAGAUAUUUUCUGAAUAAUGAGGUAAGCUUAAAGGGAAUAUCCAUCUUUUAACACAAUAUUGCUUCAUUUUUCUUAUACAGCUCCAAAUCCCUCAAAAUUUCUGCAUAGAUAUCGAUGGAAAUUAUACCAUUCUGUCUACCUAAACACACAGAUGGGCACUCGCUGCGACCCCCGGGAUGAAUACUAACAAAAUAACUAGCGGUCAAAUGACCAAAAAAUCCCUUUAGGGGUCCUAAUCUAUAUGUAUAUAUAAAACUACAUCUUUUAUUGGGUUCUAUUUAAACAUGUAACAUAGAAUAUAGAAAAAAUGUGUGUGAUUAAAACGAUCGGGAAAUAGCCGGGGACAUUUAUUGUAAUGGCAGCAAUCGGGUCAGUGCUUUAUAUUGCAGCUCUGUGUUGUUAAUAAACGUUUUUUUAAAUGAGUUAUGUGUUAUAUUAUAUCAUCGUCUUCAUAUAUCAAUCCCAUUUUGUAAUAUAUUAACUAUUACACACUGGUCCUACAGUGUGUAAUGUAUAUUUUUUUGCUGCUGGCAGCAGCAAAAUAUUCUGGAAGCGAGAGCAGAUAGUAUAAAUCUACUGCAGUCAGGGCCGACGCCACCCAUAAGUAAGGUACGCCACCGCGUAGAGCGGCCUCUUGCUGGAGGCGCCGGCCCACGGCACCACCUCCUAGCUAAUUUAUUCACUUCACUUGCCUCUGUGUAAUC